ACAAAAACCAGUCUAAUGCAUAGUCUACUCAUUUAUCCAGUCGUUACAACAUCUGACGUAUUUUUCGUGUGUAACCUGCUCCCUAUAAAUCACCUGACUAACUGGACACUUCAUCUGAUGUACUUCUUGAAUUUUGUCACAAGCUGAUUGCACAAGGUGCAUAUAUCACGAUUGCAGCUGGAAAGCUACGUGCCCAAUAAAUGUGGGGAAUUUGUACCACCACCCGCCUUUCUCCAUGCUUCAUUGUCAACCCCAAUCAGUGAACUGCUACAACAUCAUCAAGCUGACUGCUGAGCACAAGGAGUUCAGUCAUUAACCAUGACAUCACUAGCAAAAACAAGGCUCCGUUUUGUGACCUGGAACACAUGUGGUAUAAAAAACCCACCCCAAAAAUUUUCAGAUUUGUUGAACAGCCUCAUUUCCUUACAGACUGAUAUUGCCUUUAUACAAGAGACACAUGUUGGGCCAAAGUGUUACCAAAUCUUUGAGAAAGCUGACAAAUGGAAUGUCUAUUUUACUGUGCACAGCUCUCGCAGCAAAGGAGUCGCAAUACUGAUAAGACACGAAGUACCAUUUGAGUAUAUAUGCCAUGAUGAGGAUUGCAGUGGAGGUUACAUUGUGCUCUUCUGCCGUCUGUAUGAUGAACUAUACACUCUCGUUAAUGUGUACAAUCAUAAGGCAGACAGAAAUAUCUUGGCUAGAUUGAAAGAUUACCUGAGGGAAGCAGCUGAGGGUAUACUCGUGGUUGGAGGAGAUUUCAACACUGUUUUGGAUCCCAGCUUUGAUCGGUUAUCUCCAGCUGUUGUCACACAGCGGUCUCCACUAAGAGCUAUUUUAAACGACUUUACUACUUCUUUGAAUCUCAGAGACACCUGGUCAUAUCUACGCUUUGCUGAUGGGGGCUUUACACGACGUCAGAAUGAGAGUCAAUCCAGGAUAGACAUGUUUUUCAUGUGUAAUGAUGCAAUGGGACAGGUGUGUGAUAGCAAAAUAGAGAGCAAUGAAAUUUCAGAUCAUAAUCCUCUUGUCCUAGAACUCAUAGUGCAGCAACAGACUGGAAAUAACACUCCAAAGGUGGCCUUGCUUUUGGAGAAAACUAGAAGUGUUGAAGAACCUGACAGGAGACCAUGGAAGAUUAGUGGGGCAGAAGUACUGAGUGCCAUCAAGUCUCUGACUGGCUCGAACCAAAGACAUGAUACACCUGAUGUGGAUAAGUACAAAAGGGAUUGUUGUCAGUGGACUGAGCCUUUAAAGAUAAAGUAUAACCUCAUGGUAAAGAACAAGCAGGUACCUGAAGCUUAUAAUUCAAUAGGUAAUUUCAAUGUAGAGUAUUUGAUAUUUUCAGAAAUUUUGGCCAAGCGCCUUAGUGUGCUCAUUACUCCUUCUUCAGGGAGAAAGAAGAAAGCAAAGUUUGAUAUUCGUCUCACCAUGACCUUUACGACAGACCCACAGGAAGUUAAAUGGUCUUUCCUGGAACAAAUCCUCAGGAAACAAAAACAGACACUGUCUGUCCCUCUACUUGACUUCAGCAUUCUGGACCUCCUUCUUCCUAAAGUCCAAAACUUUUCUGGGGAACUCAGACGUCUGCAGCCUGGUUAUCCCCUCACCAACACUAUCAUCAAUCUGGCUUUGACACAUCUAGAAGAGCUGAUUCUCAGAAGUGAAACAGAGUGCAGUACCAGUGUUUCCUUUCACAGACAGACUCUGCUCAUAGAUGCGCACCAGAGCAAACGACAGAAAGUUGUUAGGGUACUAGAGAAAUUCCAGGAUGAUUCAGGGAUGAGACUUACAGAAUGUCACAUAAUAGAUUGAGAUGAUGAUGAUGAUGAUGAUGAUACUAUGUUAACAUAGCUUAAAUUUACACUAUCCUUAAAUAUCAUGCAGAUUAUAAAAAUACUUUAUUGUUGUACAUGUUUAGGGACUGGGAU